UCUGUUUCUCCCAAACUCUCUCCAGAAGCAGCUGGUAGAGUUCAGGAGCUGGAAGCUUCAGACGAAUAUACAAGCGUUUAUUCUUUAAACGCGACAGACAUUCAGAGCAGAGUCUGCUGCAGGAGAGAGAGAGAGAGAGAGAGAGGGAGAGGGGGGAAGCGUUCCUGUUUAUCUGGUCGACGAGUUCGUGGGCAGAAAGUCUUCAUCAUGCCACAUUGGGGCGGAGGGAACAGGUGUGUGUCAUGUCGAGGAACUGUGUAUCAUGCCGAGGAAGUUCAGUGUGAUGGAAAAAGCUUCCACAGGACCUGCUUUGUGUGCAUGGUAUGUAGGAAAGGAUUAGACAGCACCACAGUGGCCAUCCACGAUACAGAGCUCUACUGUAAAUCCUGCUACGGGAAGAAAUAUGGGCCAAAGGGUUACGGCUAUGGUCAAGGAGCUGGAACACUCAACAUGGACCGUGGAGAGAGACUUGGCAUCAAGCCAGAGGAGAGGAAGACCCACCGACCCACCACUAACCCGAAUUCCUCCAAAAUUGCCCAGAAGUAUGGAGGGUCUGAGAAAUGUGCACGCUGUGGAGAAAGUGUGUACGCUGCGGAGAAAAUUAUAGGAGCAGGAAAGCCAUGGCACAAGAUCUGUUUCCGCUGCGCGAAAUGUGGAAAAGGUCUGGAGUCGACCACACAGACGGAGAAAGAUGGAGAAAUUUACUGCAAAGCGUGUUAUGCUAAAAACUUUGGACCAAAAGGGUUUGGAUACGGACAGGGAGCAGGAACCCUGCUGCACGCUCAGUGACACACCCUCUCUCUCAAUGAUUUUCAUAUAUAUGUGUGAUAUAUAUGUGUAUACAUACACUGAACACUUAAUUAGAAACAUCUACCUUGUAUCUACACCCAUAACCCCAUCAGUGACCACUGAUGGACUACAGGAUGACCCACACAAACAAUACAGCAACAGAUGAGCUGUUGUCUCUGACUUUAGAUGUAGUUACCCUUUAUUAAUCCCAUAAUGGGGAAAUUCACCUCCGCACUCAACCCAUCUGUGCAGUGAAACCACCUACAUACACACUAGGGAGUGGUAGUCUGUCCUAUCCACAGCGCUCAGGGAGCAGUUAGGCCCUUCAGUCAUGUCUCAUCAGCUCAGAGGACUGAACCGGCGAGCUGACGGUCACAUGGCUGGUUCCCUAACCUCCAGCCCAGACUGCCCCGAAGUAAACCAACGUUAACCUACAUGGUAGUGUCUUAAUAGUGUGGACAAUGUUUAAAAACUCCAGCAGCUUUGCUGCUUCUGAUCUAGUUGUAAUGGCACAAAAUACCCAAGCAUGCCACCAAGUCAGUGUCACUACAGCAGUAAAAUGAUACACGAUGCAAUUAAUACCUGCUCUGUGGUGGUCCUGACCAUUGAAAAAGAGUGAAAGGGGGCAAAGAAACACAACAGUCUGUAACUGCAGAAAUCCAAACUGCACAUUUGUUAAGUGGAGCUGAUGGCAUGGACAAUGAAUGAAUGUAGAUACAAGAUAGCUGUACUUUAUAAAGUGCUCACUAAGUGUAAUAAGCACACACACACACUCUCCAGGUCUUCUUUUUUUCUGUGAAAUGGUAGUUUUACAGAAUCGCUUUCCUGUGCUGGAGCUUUUUCGGGUUUAAACUGGAAUCUAUUUUAAUGAUCUUAGGAAAUAAAUAAACGUAAUAAGCCCACA